CACUACAACUGCACCAAACAUUUCAUCAUGUUAUGAAGGCGUUGGUAAUACAUACUUUGUAUGUUCUCAAAGUACUGAGCUCGAACAUGAAUAUAAAGACUCAAAUCGCAAAAGAAUCGAUCAUUUCGAUUGUGGUGGCAAAUUAACUAUCAACAUUGACAUUCCAGCUGCAAAAGCCAAA